AUGGCAUUAUAUGCUAUUUCCAAGAAGUUCCGUUUCCGCAACAUCAGGUCUGCACCCAACGGAAUGGUGUUACGUCGCUUUAGUCCUAGCUGUCAUUGGAGGGUGUAUGCUACAAAGUUGAAAGACUCAGACAUUUACGAGAUAAGAAAACUUGAUUCUGAACACACUUGUUCUGUUGACGAUCGCUCUGGUUACCAAAGCCUAGCUACACACCAUGUUGUUGGGGAGAUGAUGAAAGCUCGUUUCAACGGUACCGGUGGUGGUCCAAGGCCUGGAGAGAUUCGUCAAGUGAUGCAAGGCGACCACGAUGUUCGUAUAUCUUAUUGGAAGGCUUGGCGCUCAAGAGAAAUAGCCUUGGAAUAUGCCAAAGGAAACUCACGUUGUUCUUAUAAUCUUCUUCCAGAUUACCUCCGCAAACUAAUUGAAGCAAACCCUGGUACUCUAGCUGAGAUUGAGACCGAAUACAACGACAACAUAGGAAACAUAUUUAAAUAUAUGUUUCUAGCUAUGGGAUCUUAUAUAGAGGGAUUCAAGUACAUGCGAAAGGUUGUAGUUGUAGACGGAACACAUCUAAGAGGAAAGUAUGAGGGAUGCCUUUUGACUGCUUCAGCCCAAGACGGAAAUUACCAAGUUUUCUCUUUAGGCGUUGCCAUCGUCGAUGGAGAAAAUGAUAAAUUGUGGGAAUGGUUCUUCAAAAAACUUCAAACAUUCAUCCCAAAUACAAACGACAUAGUGUUUGUGUCUGAUAGGCAUUCAUCAAUAUACUGCGGUUUGGCUAAGGUGUAUCCAGAAGCUAGGCACUAUUAUCUUAUUGGAAUUAGGUUUGAGCAUUGGGCACGUUCCCAUUUCCCUGGGUGCCUACUCCGUGAGGCUAGGGAAUACCCUAUAUUAGCCCUUGUUGACUAUAUAAGAGGAAAGCUCAAGCCAUGGUUUUCUGCUAGAGGCGCGGCAAUAUCAGCAAGUUUAGACAACUUCACACCAAGAGUGAUGGAGCUUCUUGCUACUAAUUUUGAGUCCUCGGCAGGUUACGAAGUGAAGAAAAUUAAACAUUUGGAGUAUGAAGUACGUAACAAGGAGGGGUUCUCUUUUCAUGUUGACAUUUCCAAGAGAUUUUGUAGUUGUUUUGAGUUUCAAACCCUGGAAAUUCCUUGUCAACAUGCAAUAGCAGCUGCAAUCAUGGACAAAAUUAAAGUUGAUUCAUUGGUGGCAUUUGAGUACACUAAGAAUGCAAUCGUUUCUGCAUACUCGGGUAGCGUUGCUCCGGUUACCGAUACUGAUAAUAUCAUAGAACUUACUACUCAACUUUCACACUUGGAUAUGUUUCCACCGUGCACUAGGCGUCCACCUGGACGUCCACGAAAGAAACGGUUUCUAUCUCGCGGAGAAGUUUGUAUGAAGACACCAAGAAGACGCACAGUAUGUAGUCGUUGCAAAGGUUGUGGCCACAAUCGUGCGACAUUCAAAACUCCAAUCGCUUAA